AAUAAUCUCUUCCAGUCAUAUGUAGCACGAGGAGUCCAAGGUGGAUUAAAUCACUUUUUCAUCUAGAAGGAAGGACCCAGGAUAAGCAUAACAGGUUUGACCAGGUCUCUGUCUAUUUACCUGGUUAGUCAUCGGUAGAUUUUUUCAACCCUGAGGAUUAAUUUUUAAAAAAGGAAGAGGUGUGAUGGACGUUUCCUUGUCUUUUCUUCAGAUUUUUUCAUCCUAAGUUGACUAUCCUCCCACACCUUAUCUCGUUUCCUCCCACUUUUUGUUUCUACCGCAGUUGAAUUCUCUUCCUCAAAUCUACUGUAGAGAUAAUCCUUGCAGUAUAUUAAAGUUUUUAUAUCCUCUUCGAAACACUUCUUAACUCCUAUCCCUCUCUUAUAAAUAAUUCCUCUCAAGUAUUUUCAAAACCAUCGUCUUUCCUUCUUAGAGAGUCUAAAUGGAUAAAGAUUUGUGGGAUAAGCUUCAGUACUUAGCUUUAGGGCGAGACGACCCAGAGCUUUUAAUCCCACACUCAGACUAUGAAGAAGUCUUAGCAAGUAACAGAUUAAGCUUGAUCGCUCGACCUCUCAACCCAGUGGAGCAGAACCUGCUUGAAGUGGCUGAAAAUCUUCCCAUAGCUUGGGGCCUUUCAUCCUCGGUUCAUGGCAGAGUCCUAGAUGAUCGCUUCAUCCAAUUUCGAUUUCAAUCUGAACGCGACCUGAGAUAAGUUCUACAGCGUGAACCAUGGAGCUUCAAUCGAUGGUUUAUAGCACUGCAAAGAUGGGAUGACUUACCCAGAUUGGACUUCUUAACAUCAUUAGACCUUUGGGUUCAAAUCAGGGGGCUGCCUUUCCCUUAUAUCACUGCAAAAACCAUCCGCAGGAUAGCUAGAUCCCUUGGUGAAGUUGUGAAAAUUGACUUUGAAGACUCAGUUACAAACCAAGUUUCAUUCAUCAGAGCAAAAAUUUGGGUUUCAAUCACUGAUCGUUUCAAGUUUUUUAGAAGGGCGAGAUUCCAAUCGGGAGAUAGAGCUAUGAUAGGAUUCCAAUACGAGAAGAUGGAAAACAUAUGUACUAAUUGCUGCAGAAUCAUGCAUCCUACCUCCAGAUGCCCCUUUGAACCUACAAACAAUAAUCCCUACAACAAUCAAGGUAUCCAAACUCAUCAAAGGAGAAAUGAAGAGAUGGAAGAGUUAGACCCGAAUCCCAUAUCACAACCAUCAAGUCCUGUUGCUCAAGUACCUGUUUUAAAAGAACCGAUCCAGCAGAAUAUCGAACACCAUCCUAAGCAGAAUUCAGGUCCUUAUUUUGCUCUAGCCUUCCCUCAUUUUGAUCUUUCGGGUAAGGAAGAAUCUACAGGGUCAAACAUAGACUGUGGGGAUCUCCCUAAGUUGCAGUCUAAAAAAGAAGUAGGAGAAUGUUCAAAAAGAAGAAGGGAUGUUAAUCCAAAAAAGGAACUCUCAAUGAAGAAAAGAUCAAGCCCACCAGAUCAGGAAAUGGAGUUUAAUCUUAAUAGGCAUGAUAGCCUUUGGUUUAUGAAUUUUGGAGCUGCGCAAAGCAUCAAUCUGGAUGGAUUUAUGUUAUGCAGUGAAGCUGGAUGACAGUCAAGAUGACUAGGACCUCUCUUCCCUUUUUUUGGUUGUGAUGUAAUGUCAUCUUAGCUUAGUAUUUCUCAAGUUUUAAUUCUGGUUAAACCCUUGUUUUCGUUAGCUUUAGUUAUGCUUCUGUUUCAGUUGUUGCAGUCUCUGUUUAUAUUGUAAGGAUGCCUCUGGUUUCGUCUGUGAAAAUCAAUAAAAAGUCCUUUUGUGUAAAAAAAAAGAAGUUUCU